CUGAACAUAAACUCUUCUUUUCUCAGUAGUGUCGUUAAUCAUAGGCCUUGUUUCUGUGAAAAGCACGAGGUUUUGUUUGUCUGUCUCUCCAACUAACCCUCAAUUCGAAACCCAAGACACAUCUCUGCUUUAUUAUCUGUUGGGUUUCUGGUUUCUUGAUUCUAUAUAUAUAAUACACAGACCCUAUCACCCUGUUGUGUCUCAAAACUCCGAAUCAUUAUUGCUUCUCCACGUUAUAGCUGCUCAUCUUUCGCUGUGAUCUGUCGCUGGACUCUCAAGUUUUCAUGGAGAGCGUGGAGUUGAAGGUAGAGAUGGUGGGGAUCCAUGAGAAAAGACUGAGGAAAUGCCUGUCAAAAUUAAAAGGGAUAGAGAAAGUGGAAGUGGAUGGGAAGAGACAGAAAGUGGUGGUGACAGGAUAUGCACACAAGAACAAAAUUCUGAAGGCAGUGAGGAGAGGAGGCCUCAAAGCUGAUUUCUGGUCUGCUCAGAACGAUCUUCUUGACGCUUAUACUUGUGCUUCUUAUGCUUCUUCCUUCUCUUUUCACUCCUUCAACUUCUUCUAGCUUUUUCCUUUCCUUUUCAACCAAUUUCAUUUAUUCUCUUUUUUGUCCGGGAUGGUUAUAUGUUGUUACUCUUUAGUUAUAGCAAUCACAUGUACUUUUUAGCCUCAGAGAAAAAAAUCUUACAUGUACUUCAAUACAACAGAUUGCGAUCAAUACACAGUUUUAUUUCCAGCCUUGCUGCA